AUGCCAGAGGUUAAUCGAUCCAGCUUGGCGAAGCUCUAUCCAGGGUUUCGCACUGCCGGCAUGUGGCGCAAUGCUCGUGAGGUCAACAUCCACUCCCUUGCGCAUGAUGGCACAGAGCCUGUGUUGCUUGGAACUUAUCUCGUCAAAAGGACCCAGUCCCAUGUAGCAGAGCUUGCCUCGAACACAUAUUCACAAUCAUCGUGGAACUUUGUGCUGACAGAACUUCGGAAGUGUGAGAUCAACCAUAAAGCUUGUAUCCAAUAUGGCAGACCCUGGUGUCCCACGCGUCUGCUGAGAUUGUCCAUGACAGACGAGGGCAAGUUGUUGAUGCGCCUUGUAUCCACAGAUUCAAGUCUCGACGCUCCGAGAUAUACCACACUCAGCCACAUGUGGGGAAAGAAUGUCACCUUACAGCUUACCAGCAAGAACUUGGAGGAACUCAAGAGAGACAUCCCCGCUCAUAUCAUGCCCAAGAAGUAUCUCGAUGCUGCGGUGGCAACCUGGAAGCUUGGUGUUCGACAUCUCUGGAUAGAUUCGUUGUGUAUCAUGCAGGACUCCUCGGCAGACUGGGAACAUGAGAGUGCAGCCAUGGAUCGCACCUAUCGUCAUGGCUAUUGUAACAUUGCUGCCUGUUCUGCACAGCUCAAUACAGACGGCCUUUUUUACUCACGAGAGCCGCUGCUCUUCCAAGCAGGGCUAACGGAGUAUAACGGCACGUAUUUUACGUAUCAAGAGGCCAAUCUCAACAUGUUCAAAGACCUUGACCAAGAACCACUUUACAAAAGGGGUUGGGUCUGUCAAGAGCGUCUCCUCUGCAGGCGCAAUAUUAGUUUUACUCGUCAGCAAAUCUUCUUCGAGUGCGCUAUGGAAUUGACGUGUGAAGUGGGGAAGACAGCUGCCUCUUUCAAGUGGGACUCUGUCCGUGGUCUACGGUAUAUAGGCAACGCAACCGACCUCUUCUCUGUCAGGAACAUGCGCAAAAUUGACUGCGUUCCCGCUUGGCUCAACGUCGUCCAGGUAUACUCAGCCAUGGACCUCACCCGACCGGAAGACAAAUUGGUCGCCAUAUCUGGCUUAGCAAGGCGACUCCACACGAAGCUGCGCAAACCAUAUCUGGCUGGCCUAUGGAAAUCUCAUCUAUGCAUCGGUCUUGCCUGGGAAGUUGUAAGGUCAAGAGACCCUGAACAGACACGAGACAAGCCGGUACGGUGUAAAGAGUUUCGAGCACCAAACUGGUCUUGGGCAUCGAUCGACGGGGAAGUGGCUUUUCCUCUGAACAAAUUUAGUUCUCAAGUCAUUCGGCUUUGUUCAUUCAUCGAAGAGAUUGUCGGAACAAAUAGCUGGAACGAGUUCGGUCAAAUUCGAUACGCAAAGCUUGAGGCACUGGGCUACCCGUUUCCAGUCCGUUUACUCGAACGCGAUUUUCCUACCAAUGAAGCACUCAGCAUGACCUCUUUUACAGUUGACAGUGUCCCGGGUAUGAAAAAAGGGAUCACUGUUACACUAGAUACCGCCAAGCACUUGCAGUCUGCACGAACUUAUGCGCUGCCUUUGAUGUACGAUAGACAAGGGUGCUUGGUUUGCCUGCUCCUCGAGGCCAUCACUCCUUCUUGGGGAUCAUAUCAACGUAUAGGCGUCCUUCGAGGCUCCAUCUCACGUCGCGCAUUGAAGCACUCACCAGCGGAUCUCGACUACUUGGACUUGAGAGGACAUUGGAAAACCACGAAUGCCAAACCCAGCAAGGCACUGUGCAGAUUCCUAGUAAGCAUCAUGCAGCGCGGUGACGACAUGGCAACCCUCGAACCUACCGAUCAGUAUAGGCGGAGAAUAAAUUUGAUUUGA